AUGACGUUCCACGCGGACGCAGAUACGGACGAAAAUCCCUUGUUCAACUGCACGCAAUGGGAGUCGCCGCAGCAAGGUCACGCUAUGCCUCCUCACCAGCAGUUUCCUCAACCGGGAAAGGAUGCGUAUACGAAUGGGGAGGGUCAAGCCGGUCAUAGCCACGCGUAUGAUGACCACCAUCUUGGUUCUGAGCAGCCGGCGCCUGAAGGCGAAGGCGUUACGUCCUUUUUAGGGAUCCCGGAACUGAAUAUGACCUCGCCAUUCCUGACAUUCAGCUCGCCGGUCAGUCCGGUUGUGGCAGCGGAGCUUGCCGCGGCUGCGGCGCAGAAUGAAUACGACAGGAAUACAGAGCGUCAGCCAGCAAAAGGUGGGGCGGAUGCGGCGGACCGAGAGCCACAGCAGGAUAUUCGACGAAGAGAUGCUGUGUAUGAAGAAGACGUGAACGACGACGCGCAGGGCUGCGCAUGUCAUUCGCACCCGGGACUGGUUCUGCUGGAGGCGGUGUAUGCGAUACCAGUACACGAUGUCGUGAAUGCACUGUAUGGUCCUGAUAUGGACGCGUAUCAGAAUAUCGGCGCUCGCCGGGGAUGUGCUGAUUUGAUGGCGGAGGACUGGCACAUGGACGAAGGAGGUCAUUGGGCUUCGCGCUGCGUGUCAUAUCGUAUGGUACAGGCUGAUGGACGCAUAGCAAGGGAGGUCAUCGAAGCGCAAAGCGUGCUGCAGGAUGAACCCGAUGCCAUGGUGGUGGAGACUCGUUUCCACUAUCCGGCAGAUCCUCAACCUCUCGUAGUUCAACGAUGUUGCAUCACACUUGCGGAUGUUGGUGGUCGCCGUGGUGCGAAAGUGAAGAUCCAUGCCGCGACCGAGAGAACCUUGGGUCGGCAAGGAAGAGAUGAACGAGUCGAGCACGAAUUGAGGGAGCAGCAGUACACCUGUCGCUAUCUGGACGAGUACCUCAUCAAGCUCGCCGCCAAACGGCGAGGGGAACGAAUGCGACUUCACCGGAAAUCUAUGCAGGCGACAGCAACACGAUCCUCCUCAACUUCAUCAAACGCAUCGCAAAACCCUCAACCGAUUCGGUCGCGUUCAAAUGAUAUCCUCCCGGCAUCGCUUCUCACUUUCUCCGGGGGUGCCUCACAGCCGCACUCGCCAUCUCUUGCGGCGCCCAGACGCUCAAUGUCAUCCUCGUCGGCAUCUUCGGGCGGCUCCUCCGCGUCGUCCGGUGCUGCCCCUGCCGAUGGCCAACAACCCGUCGUUCUUGCAGAAGGAGCGGCGACAAUGGCACAGGACGCCAUUAUUCCCCGCAAUCCUCUGAAAAUCAGGGUGUUGCACGGUCCCAGGGCUAUGUCUGGCAAACGCCGCGAAUCCGUGGAUGGAAUCUCUUCUUCCCCACCCGUGUCGCGUGCCAUGCCCGCCAUGUUGCAUUCCAACAAGAGUUGUCCUCAGCUCUCGAGCGCCAUGCGCACUAAUAGCGCUGCAACGCUAAAUACCAUCGGCACCACCGCCACCAUCGAUCGCAAACCUUACGGACCACGUCCUUUCGGCGGUCUCAGCGCUCUCGUCAACGACAUCAAAGCCAAAUUGAAGGCGAACGCCCCACAACCAAAAGCGGUAACUUGGGACGGCAAGAGAUGGAAAGAAGCUCAUCCUGUCAUCGCUCAAAAGCUUUGCGAGACCGUGAGCACACCCGGGGCGUCGCCAGACUUAUCCAAUGCCGCCACACCAUCAGGCGCUGCAACGCCUUACGCUCUCACUUCUAAUCCCUCCAGCUCCAGCUUGUCGACCCCUUAUUCGACCAUCCCGCGUGACAGGGUGCUCAAGCGAGAGGGUGGCGCUGUCGCCUGCUGGGAUGGGAAGCAGUUUGUGAUUCACGAAGGGCGCGAUGUUACCCAAGGCAUGCCGAAAAUGCCCUCUGAGGUUGUCUCCACCCCAACACAAGAGCAUGAGGUUCCCCUGAAUGUCAUCGGGAGCCUGCACGGCGAGAAGCUCAAGCCCAUCCCGGAGACCGACCUACAGAGAUCGUAUUCCUCCGAAACUUCUGAGGACGUCAGCACGGAAUACACCGAUGAAGUGGACGUGUACCGUCACGUACAACCUUUCCUGGCAGUGGCGCACGCAGAUAGGCCCGCUCCAGCUGCAGAAGAGUCUACGUCCGAAUAUACAGACCCGUCUAUGGACCUUACGCCCAAAACGGCCGCUGAAACCGCAGAAUGGCGCGAAGCAGCCAAGAGGCGUAUACAGAGUCAGUUACAAGCUCAGCAUAGAGGGGUUGCAGCGGUGGUCGAUAAUGCUCCUCCGCCUAUUGCUGCUUUGACGACUUUCCCGAUGCCAGGAGAGCUAGCGAACGACUACAGUUUUCAAGUCGAUGCCUCGUCAGAGGACACCCCUGUCCUGCAUAGGCUGUUGCAGGAUAUCUCUUUCAGCGCUCAGUAUUCGACGGAUUUGCAGCAGCCGUCUCAUGAUCAGCAGAUUGUAUUCACACAGCAACAAUCACAGCAGCACUCGCCAAGCCUUCAAGAAGCCAGCCUUCAUGUGAAAUUUGUGGACAACCUUGUCAAACCCGCUUCGUCUCCAUCGGGACCAUCACCCGGAACUCCGCUCACACUCGCACCCGAAGACACCCCUGAACCCACCCCAUCUGCGGUAUCAUCAGAACAGGCCCCGUCACCACCUCGUUCCCUCACCACGACACUCCGCUCUCUCAACCGCAAAGCCGUCGCCGCCACCAUCGCCGUCAUGGCCUUCUCUUACUACCUCGGAAUCGUCAUACCCAUCCUCCGCUUGACGUACUACCUCGUCUGCUGGAUGUGGGGAAUGAACCUCGUCCCGCUAUCGAUUGGUCUCGCAUCGUUGGCAUGGAUUGCAUGGGGUAGUUCAUGA